AUGGGGCUCUCUGACGUCCAGCUCCAGCUCGUGCUGCUGUGGGCACUGGUGUGGGCACAGAGGGCAGGGUCUGUGUGUCCCUCCUGUGGGGGCCCCACACUGGCACCCCAAGCAGAACGAGCUCUGGUCCUUGAGCUAGCCAAGCAGCAGAUCCUCGAGGGGCUACACCUGACCGGUCGUCCCAUAAUAACUCAUCCUCCACCCCAGGCAGCGCUGACCAGAGCCCUCCGGAGACUGCAGCGGGGAAGUGUGGUUCCAGCGAAUGGGGAGCAGGUCAUCAGCUUUGCUGCCAUCACAGACUCCUCCACCUCCACCUGCAGCUCCACGCUCACCUUCUACCUGUCCACUCCUCGCUCCCACCACCUGUACCACGCUCGCCUCUGGCUGCAUGUGCUCCCCACCCUUCCUAGCACUCUUUCCUUGAGGAUUUUCCGAUGGGGCCCUAGGAGGAGACGCCGAGGGUCCCACAUCCUCCUGGCUGAGCACCAACUGACAACCCCAGGCUGGCACGCCCUGACUCUGCCCUCUAGUGGCUUGAGGCAUGAGGAGUCUGGUGUCGUGAAACUCCAACUGGACUGCAGACCCCUAGAAGGCAACAGCACAGCUGCCCCCCAAACUCAGCAGCUCCUGGACACAGCGGGAGAGCAGCGGCCCUUCCUGGAGCUGAAGACCCGGCCCAAAGAGCCUGGAGCAGGCCGGGCCAGGAGGAGGACCCCCAGCUGUGAGCCUGAGACCCCCUUAUGUUGUAGGCGAGACCAUUAUGUAGACUUCCAGGAACUGGGAUGGCGGGACUGGAUCUUGCAGCCCGAGGGGUACCAGCUGAAUUACUGCAGUGGGCAGUGUCCCCCGCACCUGGCUGGCAGCCCAGGCAUUGCUGCCUCCUUCCAUUCUGCCGUCUUCAGCCUCCUCAAGGCCAACAACCCUUGGCCCUUGGGUACUUCCUGCUGUGUCCCUACUGCCCGAAGGCCUCUCUCUCUCCUCUACCUUGACCGUGAUGGCAAUGUGGUCAAGACAGAUGUGCCAGAUAUGGUGGUAGAGGCCUGUGGCUGCAGCUAG